AGAGCAGCGAGACAGCAAACCGAGGCUGAGGAGUAACGCUAGCUCCCCACGACUUGUUAAAAAGUUGUGAAAUUACGUUUUAUUUAACCAAAAAGCGGAGUUUUUCGUGUUUACUCGGGUCGAUGUGCUUCCCCCUUAAGACUGGAUCUGCUGCUGGCGGCUCGCUUGAUUAAGUUAACAUGGGGGAUGAAUGGCGGGGUUUUAUCUAAUUUCGUCAGCGAGAAAGUGUUUUUCCCCCGAAAGUUUUAACUAAACUGCGCGGUGAACUUCAGCUAAAGUAGGGUUUUAUUUUCGUGAGGUAACGGUACUUGUCUUUUGUCUUUAUCUCACCCUCUCCGGAUCCUGUUAUCAUGACGCCUGACCUCCUGAACUUCAAGAAGGGAUGGAUGUCCAAACUGGACGAUAGCGGAGAGUGGAAGAAGCAUUGGUUUGUUCUGACGGAUGCUGGACUGAAAUACUACAGAGACUCGAGUGCAGAGGAGAAAGACGACUUGGACGGAGAGAUUGACCUAAAAUCCUGCGUGAAAGUGUGCGAGUUUGAUGUGGAGAAGAACUAUGGGUUUCAGGUACAGACGCGGGAGGCGGCGUUCACACUGUCGGCCAUGACAGCUGGGAUCAGGCGGAAUUGGAUAGAGGUUUUAAAGAAGUGUAUCCGGCCCAGCAGCUCUCCGGACCUCACGCAAUUGCCUGACAGCAGCAGUGACAAGGAAAACUCCCAUUCGCGCUUUCAGCUGUCGUCCCGACGCCCGUCUUCACGUCACGCCGACUUUCAGUCAGAAGCUCCGACGUCCGCUCCUCACGCUCAUCGCAGGUUUGACUAUGUCGAGCUGUCCCCGGUUCCCGCCUCGUCCGGCACUCUCCCGGCCAGCCAGAGAGAAGCAGCGGAGGGACAAGGGAGGGAGCACAGCCAGUGGCAGGAAGAGAGAAACACAAGCAGCCAAUGGGAGGCCGUGUUGUCCAGGAAGGGCACCGGCGUGGGAUCGAACCAAAGGCUACGCACGGAGGAGGAAAUAGAGAAAAAGUGGGCUGAGUUUGAACGCAUGCCGCUAAAGGAUAUGAGCUCUUUACCACAAAUGGGAUCACGGUCUUCCAGCCAGUCAGCCAACGAGGCGCUGCAGAGGGAGGUAGUGGCGUCACUGAGGCAGCAGCUGGAGCAACUACAAGGAGGAGGAGGAGGAGUAGGGGGAGGGAGAUUGGGAGGAGGUGUGCGGGGUGGCUGUGGCCCUGAGGCCCCCUGCGGCCGCAGCCUGGCGGCCAUGGACCGAGCUCAUCGACAGGCGCUGGAGGAGCUGCAGAGGCAGCACGACCGCCAGAUCAAGGAGCUGGAGGCCGAGAGGGACAGGCUGCUGCUGGAGGAGACCCAGGACACCGCACGAGUAAUGGAGGCUUUGAAGAAGAAACAUAAAGAGGAGCUGGAGCGAGAGGUGGAGAGAGUCAAAAGGCUGAGCAGUGGGGUGCUAGAUUCACACGCUGUCCGGGCCCAACAACAGGCAGAGACUCAGGCCUUGCACAGAGAGCUGGCCGGACUGUCCGAGCGCUACUCUCAGAAGUGUCUGGAGCUGAACCGAGCCGAGCAGAGCAACGCUGAGAGGGAGAGAGAGAUCAGCCGAAAGGAGAGAGACAUGGAGCAGCUGAAGAAAGAGAACCAGGACUUAAAGGCCCGUUUGACAGAGGAAAUCAGCCGCGCACGAUCUGCCAUCACGGAUGACCACAAAGUCUCACCCUGUGAACUAGAGGUUCUUCUCAGGGUGAAAGAAAACGAGAUAGAGUACUUACACAAGGAGAUCAGCUGUCUAAGGAACGAGCUGCAGUUUCUUAACACGGAGAAGCGGCUGGCGUGUGAACGAUACACGGAGGUGCACGAGGAGCUGAGUGGGAUGAAGGGCCGCAGCGAGCGAGAGAUCCAGAGUCUAAAGGAGCACUUGAGGCUGGCCAUGGCGGCUCUGCAGGAGGGACAGAAACUGGGAAACAGCCUGGACCACUGAGAGUCUGCUGCUGGUACUGACGCUGUGGCAGACAGAGAGACAGAUGUGACUGAAUCAAAGAGUUAAACACAAAAGCAGCGGAGAGAUGACUUGUUGGACUUUCGGGCUGCGUGGGGACGAUGAUAGUGCCUUAGUUUUCAAUCAUUCUGCCAACGAGCAGCAUAGAGUAGCUAUUAGCCGGGUUUAUUACACUGGGCCACACAUGAUAUAUAAAACUGCACUUUUUUAUUUUGUACUUUUGGCUUUGGCUUGCUUUGAGUGCAAGCAUGUAUGAGUGCGCGUUUGGUCUGAAAACUGGAAUAUCUGUAGUGUGUUUUUUUAAACAUGUUUGUAGAUAAAGAGUUCAUGCUUUAUCAGCUUUUUUUUUGUCUGAUA